GACCUAAAAUAGCAAACUCACCGAUCCCUAGUGGUGACUCAAACUGCGCGGGGCUGAGGAUGGACGGGACGUGUGCCGAUCACAAGCUGCCCCUCGCUGCGGAUGUGAACUCUGAUGCAGAGCAGAGAACCGCAUGUGGAGACUCGAAGGCUUCUUCUCUGCCCGGGAAAACUUUCAAUGAGACCAUGAGAGAGAAUGAGAAGCACCACGCCACGGCCAACGAAGACAAGGGCAUUCACAUUAUCAACAUCAAGGCAAUUGAAGAUAUUGGAUAUAUUCAGCCAGAGACAGUGUUGUUGAAUUCCUUAAGCGGCGAUCAAAAUGCUGCCUGCAAGCACGGCUUGUGCUUCAGAGACGGUCAGCGGAAGGUGGACUAUAUCUUGGCGUACACUUACAAGAAGUCCUCUGGGAACAGGACGCCGAGCAAGAAGUCCCACUCUAAUAACUCCAUGCACAGCGUGCGGAGCGGGAAGGAAGGUCAUCCGCUUCCCGGUGGGACCAGGGACCUGGAGUCGGCCGAGGCGGAACCCAAGGUGGAUUAUCAUGAAGACGACAAAAGGUUUCGCAGGGAAGAGUUUGAAGGGAACCUGAUAGAGACCGGUCUGGAACUGGAGAAAGACGAAGAGACUAAAAUGCACGGCGUGGGUUUUGUGAAAAUUCACGCUCCUUGGAACGUACUCUGUAGAGAAGCUGAAUUUAUGAAACUCAAGAUGCCCACCAAGAAGGUUUACCAUAUAAAUCAGAAGCAGGGUCUUAUGCAAAAACUCAACUCCGUCCUACAGAAAAUAAGUGAACCAAUUCAACCCAAGGUUGCCGGGCACCGACCGCAGACAGUCAAACAUCUCUCGUACCCGUUCUCCAGGGAGAAGCAGCAUUUGUUUGAUAUGUCCGAUAAAGACUCUUUUUUUGAUAGCAAAACAAGAAGUACAAUCGUGUAUGAAAUCUUGAAAAGAACAACCUGUACCAAGGCCAAAUACAGCAUGGGAAUUACCAGCCUACUUGCGAAUGGCGUGUACAGCGCUGCAUAUCCUCUGCACGAUGGUGACUAUGACAACGAAGCAGAACCAAAUGACCGAAAGCUCCUGUGCGAUGAGUGGGCUAGUUACGGAGUCUUUUACAAGUAUCAACCCAUCGAUCUCGUCAGGAAAUACUAUGGGGAGAAGAUUGCCCUGUACUUUGCCUGGCUGGGAGUUUACACGCAAAUGCUUAUCCCAGCGUCCAUUGUGGGGAUCAUUGUCUUCCUAUAUGGAUGCGCGACAGUAGACGAGAACAUACCAAGCAUGGAGAUGUGUGACCAGCGGAAUAAUAUCACCAUGUGCCCCUUGUGUGACAAGACUUGUAAUUAUUGGAAGAUGAGUUCCGCGUGUGCCACUGCCCGUGCCAGCCAUCUCUUCGACAACCCGGCCACUGUCUUCUUUUCAGUGUUCAUGGCUUUAUGGGCUGCCACCUUCAUGGAGCAUUGGAAGCGACGACAGAUGCGUCUUAAUUACAGAUGGGACCUGACUGGCUUUGAAGAAGAAGAAGACCAUCCCAGAGCAGAGUAUGAAGCUAGAGUUCUCCAGAAGUCCCUCAGGAAGGAAUACAGGAUUAAAGAGAAGCAUCAACCUGGCCCCGAAGAGCUUACAAACAAGUGGAGGCAGACAGUUAAAACUGCCAUGGCUGGGGUGAAAUUGACUGAGAAAGAAAAGCUGACAUGGAGAGACAGGUUCCCAGCAUACUUCACAAAUUUUGUUGGCAUUAUUUUCAUGAUUGGCUUGACCUUUGCCAUUGUGUUUGGUGUCAUCAUAUAUCGAAUUUCAACUGCCGCUGCUCUAGCGAUGAGCUCCAACCCUUCAGCUCGUGCCAACGUCAGAGUGACGGUAACAGCAACAGCCGUGAUCAUUAACUUGGUGGUAAUCCUGAUCCUUGAUGAGGUCUACGGCUGCAUUGCAAGAUGGCUUACUCAGAUCGAGGUUCCAAAAACCGACAAGACUUUUGAAGAGCGCUUAAUAUUUAAGGCCUUCCUGCUGAAGUUUGUAAACGCCUAUACGCCAAUCUUUUACGUGGCUUUCUUCAAAGGAAGGUUUGUCGGAAGACCAGGAGACUAUGUCUACAUUUUUCAUUCAUUUAGAAUGGAAGAGUGUGCCCCAGGCGGGUGUCUGAUGGAGCUCUGCAUCCAACUGAGCAUCAUUAUGUUGGGCAAGCAACUGAUCCAGAACAAUCUCUUCGAGAUUGGAAUCCCGAAGAUGAAGAAGUUGAUCAGAUAUUUAAAGUCAAGAAGAGAAACAUACCUGGACCAUGAAGAGCAUGUGAAAAGGAAACAACGUUACGAGAUGGAUUAUAACUUGGAACCUUUUGCUGGGUUGACUCCAGAGUAUAUGGAAAUGAUCAUCCAGUUUGGCUUCGUCACUCUGUUUGUCGCCUCCUUCCCACUGGCGCCGCUGUUUGCCUUGCUAAACAACAUCAUUGAAAUCCGCCUGGAUGCCAAGAAGUUUAUCACUGAGCUCCGGAGGCCGGUAGCUGUCAGGGCAAAAGAUAUUGGUAUCUGGUAUAACAUCCUCAGGGGCGUUGGGAAGCUUGCCGUCAUAAUAAAUGCCUUUGUCAUAUCAUUUACUUCGGACUUUAUUCCACGCCUCGUCUACCUGUACAUGUACAGUUCGGAUGGCACCAUGCACGGCUUUGUCAACCAUACCCUCUCCUACUUUAACGUCAGUGAUUUCAAACCCGGCACUGCGCCAGGCAUGGAGCAAGACCUGGGAUACUCUGUCGUCAUGUGCAGAUUUAAAGAUUACCGUGAGCCCCCAUGGUCAGAAAACAAAUAUGAUAUUUCCAAGGAUUUCUGGGCAGUGCUGGCAGCAAGAUUAGCAUUUGUUAUAGUCUUCCAGAACUUGGUGAUGUUCAUGAGUGAAUUUGUGGACUGGAUAAUUCCAGACAUUCCCAAAGAUAUCAGCGAACAGAUUCAUAGAGAGAAGGUGCUCAUGGUAGAGGUCUUUUUGAAGGAAGAGCAAGGAAAGCUUCAGAUGCUGGAAACCUGGAAAGAACACGAGAAGAAGAGAGAGGAGAAUUGUAACAGCCAAAGUCCCAAAGUCUCGCGCAGUCAGAGAGGCAGCACAGCGUCUGCUUACUCCUAUCGUGUGGACGUGUAGAGGACGCCACGUUCAGGACAUGGUUGAACAUUCAUUCCACUGACAGAAGAAGUCAUCAGGGACUAGACUAGUGAGCCAUCAUGGGCCCUCGCCUUUAAGGCCAUUUGACUCCCACCUUUUGAGAGGACCACGUCUUGUGAGAUGAGCGACGCAGGAAGCUUUUCUUCCCUUUGACUUGGAGGCCGCUGCCGAUGUCUGCAUGUUUGAUAGUAGCAGUAGAAUGCAAUAAACUCCUGUGUCUGCUCUGUUCCUGUGCCUUCUGGGAAUCUUGCCUACAGUCUCUAAACCUUACAGAUAGAUACAGCUGGGUUCUGUAGUCUGUUGUACUAAGCUGCACAAUGGUCCUUUUAGGGUUUAAAAAAAUGGCGCGGUGGCUCGAUUUAAAUGUAUAGAUCUUUUAACAGCACUGGAUGUGUCUUAUGCUGACAUUCCAAAAUGAACAUAUUCUGUGCUUCGGGAGCACUUACAUAUUGAAGACAAAUGGAGUUUGUGAGUUUUUUUGAGGGGCCCGUGGGUAGAACAACCUAUUAUAUCUGUUGAAUGCUGCACCAACUCUUUUGAUGUGAAAAGGCUUCUCCCCCAAUUAACCGUCUGUACUUUUUAAAGGGGGUUUAACUUUUCACAUCCAAAACCACCUUGUGCUAUUAACUCGUGCACUAAAGGGGUUGCAGAUAAAAUAUAUAUUUUUUUCGAAACUACCUAUGCAAUGUAAAGAUGCCCUCUCUUUAUAUUACUCUUUUUUUUAUCUAUUUAUUGAUUUAAGAAAUAUAUUUUCAAACAAAUCGAUUCAGGUGUCCUUCAAGUGCAACUUUUAAGUAUCUGUGUGAAGCAAAUCCAAACGUUUCUGUGCCACGGCUUUGUUUUUCCCAUCUGGCACUCAAAGGGUUACUCCAUGCAAUACUACGGGGGUGCAGGGUAUUCGCUUUCCAAUGCUGGAUCUUGCACCCCGAGAAACUCUGGUCUCCGGCACAAAGUUAAUUCUCGGAUAU